GCCGCCGCCGGCGCGGCCGGGACCGCGCAGCCCGCGGUAAGAAGAAAAUAUAACUUAUAGACCAUCUUCUGGCAGAAGAUGAUAGAUUUUGAUGAGAAACAGGAGGUGUUGGAUGCCAGAAAUCAAAAGUGAAGAAAUUCGGCAAGCCUUGGGUUCCUAUCACUAUAACCAUGCCAGAAAUGACAGAGAAUGAGACUCCUACAAAAAAACAGCACAGAAAGAAAAACCGGGAGACACACAAUGCAGUGGAGAGGCAUAGAAAGAAGAAAAUCAAUGCUGGGAUAAACAGAAUAGGAGAGCUGAUCCCAUGUUCCCCUGCACUGAAGCAGAGCAAGAAUAUGAUUCUGGACCAAGCUUUUAAAUAUAUAACAGAAUUGAAAAGGCAAAAUGAUGAGCUCCUGCUUAAUGGAGGAAACAAUGAACAAGCUGAAGAAAUUAAAAAGCUUCGCAAGCAACUGGAAGAAAUUCAAAAGGAAAAUGGCCGAUACAUUGAAUUAUUGAAAGCAAAUGACAUAUGCUUAUAUGAUGACCCUACAAUCCACUGGAAAGGAAAUCUUAAAAACUCAAAGGUCUCUGUUGUUAUUCCCAGUGACCAGGUUCAAAAAAAUAUUAUUGUUUAUUCCAAUGGGAGUCAGCCUGGUGGAAAUGGCCAGGGAACAGCUGUUCAGGGGAUAACCUUUAAUGUUGGUCAUAAUUUACAAAAGCAAACUGCCAAUGUGGUGCCCGUACAGAGGACUUGCAAUCUUGUGACUCCUGUGUCUAUUUCUGGAGUUUACCCUUCUGAAAAGCCAUGGCACCAGACCACGGUUUCUGCAUUGGCUGCCAACCAGCCUGUUCCUCUUUGUCUUCCUGCUACCAUUUCUACUCAAAAUAUUCUCGAGCUUGCCACCUCUGAGAGUGAAUCGAGUGUGCUUGGUGCCACCAGUGGCUCACUGAUCGCUGUUUCCAUUGGGCCUGAGACUCACCAACAUCGUUCCUUGCAUACAUCUCCAAAUGAUCAAAAUUCUUCUGAAAAUAAGAAUGGGCAAGAGAGCCCCAAAUUAUUGCAGAAGACAAUUCCUUGUGCCACAAGCACCCCCUCCAGCCCCUCAGCGACUGCCACAAAAGUGCACCAUGCAGGCAAGCCUUGCUUGAGCACACAGGACCUCAGAAGUGAUUUCCAAACCACUUUUGUUGUUUCAGUCACCACCACGGUCUGCUCCCAGCCUCCCAGAUCUUCAGGCGAUUCUUGUCCAGCAAACAGUAGCAAGGGUGUAGACUCCACAAGUGUUACCACAGUGGUGCCAUCAUCUGCCUCCGGAGGAGGAAAGGCCACCACUCCUGUAAGCACUCUUUCUGCAAACCCUUUGGACAGUGGUUGGACCCUCUCAUGUUCUUUGCCUUCUUCAGCUGUUAGUGCUUCAGAACUGAAAAACAUUAAUAGCCUUACUCGAAUUUCCUCAGCUGGCAACACGCAGACAACGUGGACUACUUUGCAACUGGCAGGAAACACUAUUCAGCCCUUAAGCCAGACACCAUCUUCUGCUGUGACUCCAGUAUUAAGUGAGUCUGGGACUAGUCCCACCACAAGCAACCAUAGUCGACAUGCGGCUGCAGGUGUCACCUUGAAUAACUCCUUUCCAACAGAUGGGCAAACAGUUGAGCAAGUAGUUGUAACCCUGCCUUCCUGUCCAUCUUUACCUAUGCAGCCACUAAUUGCCCAGCCACAAGUUAAAUCUCAGCCUCCAAAAAAUAUCCUUCCAUUGAAUUCAGCAAUGCAGGUGAUUCAGAUGGCUCAGCCUGUUGGGCCAGCGGUGAAUGCAGCUCCAACUAAUCAAAAUGUUAUUAUUCUUCAGCCACCCAGCACCACCCCAUGCCCAACAGUGAUGAGGGCAGAGGUGCCCAACCAAACAGUAGGUCAGCAGAUAGUAAUCAUACAAGCAGCUAAUCAGAAUCCUUUGCCACUCCUCUCUGCUCCACCUCCUGCUUCUGUUCGUCUCCCUGUCAAUGGAGCCAAUGCUAUAAUAGGGUGUAAUAAUUCAGUGCAAAAUGUUUCGACCCCACAGACUUUUGGAGGAAAGCAUCUUGUCCACAUAUUACCAAGACCUUCAUCUUUAUCAACAUCUAAUUCGAGCCAAACUUUUUCUGUUACCAUGUCAAACCAACAACAGCCUCAAACCAUUUCUUUAAAUGGACAGCUUUUUGCUUUGCAACCUGUGAUGUCUUCAUCAGGAACUACAAAUCAAACCCCUAUGCAAAUUAUUCAACCCACCACCAGCGAAGAUCCAAAUACCAAUGUUGCCCUGAAUACAUUUGGUGCACUGGCCAGCCUCAAUCAAAGCAUAUCACAGAUGGCUGGGCAAAGCUGUGUACAAUUGUCUAUUAGCCAGCCUGCCAAUUCUCAUACUGCCGCAAAUAGUCAAACCACCCCAGUUAACUGUGUUUCAUUAACAACAACUGUAGUAUCUCCCAUGACAGCAGAUAAUUCAGCCACACUACCCAGUAAUUACAGCCUAGUGACUACUUCUUCAACGAACACUGUAGCUUCUUUGUCUAACAUGAAGUCCAAAAGGUUGAAUAAGAAGCCAGGUGCCAAGAAACACUUAGCAGCAAACAAGACAGCAAGUCCCCUGACUCCAGUCAGGGGAGAGGUGGGCAAGUUAGACUGCCCCAGCACAGAAGGCUCAGCAGAGCCAUCAUGUAAUGAAGGACUGCUGGAAAGCCUCCCUGUUGUGUUACCAUCUGUCACUAUGUCCCAGGCAAAUGGUCUAAGUGCUUCUGGUUCACAUUCUUUGGGUGUUCUGAAUUCUGAAUCAGUGAUACCUGAGUCUGUAUCCAAAUCAAAAUCAGCAGAAGAGUCUAGCUCACCCUCCCAAGAAUCUGUAUCAGGUGAACAUUUUGCCGCAGCCCCAGAAAAAUCCAAAGAUCCUGUCCCCACUUUACAACGAGAGACAUCUCCGGAUAGGUCCCCAACUGGCUUGGCAUUUUCAGAUACCACCAAAUCCUGCGCUUCGACCAACGUGUUGAUUCCAUCUCCAAAUGAGCCCCAUGUUUUGGCUUCUCAGGUUUCUGGUUUGUCAUCUACCACAAACACUACAAGCACUGACUGUGUUUCUGAGGUGGAAAUCAUUGCUGAGCCUUGCAGAGUUGAACAAGACUCAUCAGAUGCAAUACAGUCCACAAGUCUCUUAAAGGGCCAGGGCCUAACUGCUUUGUUAUCUGAUCUGUCUAAAGAAAAAGACUCUCAGAAAUCAUCUCUUUCAGUCCAGGUGGACCAUCCUGACUUUUCUUCAGAAAAUUCUAAAAUAGUUGAUUCGAGUGUUGAUUUACAUCCAAAGCGGGAACUGUUACUGAUAAACAGUGAUGAUAGAGACUUGGGACAGCAUCAUUCCUGCAUCCCUGAUCCGGAGAUUAUUAGUGGUUCUUUGCUCACCAGUAGGCAGGCUGACUCUCCCAUGUCAACCAGCUCUGGCAGUAGUCGGAGUUUCUCAGUUGCAUCCAUGCUUCCUGAAACAACUAGAGAGGAUGUGACCAGCAGUGCGACAACUAAUACAUGCGACAGCUGUACCUUUGUAGAGCAAACUGAUAUAGUUGCUCUUGCAGCAAGAGCUAUUUUUGACCAGGAGAACCUUGAGAAGGGAAGAGCUGGCAUCCAGGCUGAUAUAAGGGAAGUUACUGCCAAGCCUACUGAAGCAUCAUCUUUAGAGGGCGACCAACCUUUCAAAACACAGAUAUCUAAAGAGAAUGGCCCAGGGCAGGCAGAAGCAACACCAAAUGAAUUUAAUUCACAGGAUUCAAUUGAAGCAGCUGUGGAUAGGCCCCUGGAAAAACCAAGUUGUUCUCUAGGAAUUAAAACAUCAAAUGCCUCUUUACAAGUUUCAACUUCUCAACCACCAAGCAUUACCAGUUUAAGUGUGAAUAAUCUCAUCCAUCAGAAUAGCAUCAGCCAUCCUCUGGUCAGCUGUGCUGGUUUAUCCCAAACUUCAGAGCAAAGAGUUGUUCCUACAACAGUUAAUCUGACCGUUUCAUCUAACUCCUAUGCCAGUCAGCCUCCUGGACCAUCUCUGAUGACAGAUUAUUCCCAAGAACAGCUAAACACUAUUACUGGCACGAUACCAAAUUCACAGAUUCAGGAACCACUCUUAAAGCCAAGUCAUGAAAGUCGUAAAGACUCCACUAAACGUGCCGUCCAAGAUGACCUUUUAUUGUCUUCAGCUAAACGUCAGAAGCACUGUCAGCCAGCCCCCCUCCGCCUGGAAAAUAUGCCCUUGAUGAACCAAACUCCAGAUAGCAUAUCUGAUCAAACUCAAAUGAUGGUUAGUCAGCUCCCUCCAAACUCUUCAAACUCUGCUGUGCCUGUUAGCAACCCACCACAUGGAGAUGGCCUGACACGCUUAUUUCCACCCAGUAACAACUUUGUGGCCCCUGCACUGAGGCCAACUGAAGUUCAGUGCAGUUCUCAGCCUUCUGUUGCUGAGCAGCAGCAAAACCAGGCCAGUCAACACCUGCAGGCCCUGCAACAGCAUGUUCCAGCUCAAGGGGUAUCUCACCUUCACAGUAAUCAUCUCUACUUAAAGCAGCAACAGCAGCAGCAGCAGCAGCAACAGCAGCAGCAACAGCAGCAGCAGCAGCAGCAGCAGCAGCAGCAGCAGCAACAGCAGCAAGCAGGGCAGUUAAGGGAGAGGCAUCACUUAUAUCAACUGCAGCAUCAUGUACCUCAUGCAGAGAGCUCUGUCCACUCUCAGUCCCAUAAUGUCCACCAACAGAGAACUCUGCAACAGGAAGUGCAGAUGCAGAAAAAGAGAAAUCUUGUUCAGGGCACUCCAGCCUCUCAGCUUUCCUUACAGCCAAAGCACCAUGGAACUGACCAAUCCCGACCCAAGAGUGGUCAGCCACAUCCCCACCAUCAGCAGAUGCAGCAGCAGAUGCAGCAACACUUUGGAAGCUCCCAGUCAGAGAAGAGCUGUGAAAACCCUUCAACUAGCCGGAACCACCAUAACCAUCCCCAGAACCAUCUCAGUCAAGACAUUAUGCACCAGCAGCAGGAUAUUGGCAGUAGGCAGCAAGGUUCCGGGGUUUCUUCUGAACAUGUAUCUGGGCAUAACUCACUGCAGAGACUGUUGACAUCAAGAGGCAUAGAACAGCAAAUGGUGUCCCAGCCAAGUAUUGUGACCAGACCUUCAGACAUGACCUGUACUCCACACAGGCCAGAGAGAAAUCGUGUUUCAAGUUACUCUGCUGAAGCACUGAUUGGAAAGACAUCCUCUAAUUCAGAACAGAGAAUGGGUUUAUCGAUUCAGGGUUCCAGAGUAUCGGAUCAGCUUGAAAUGAGAAGCUAUCUCGAGGUUCCCAGAAACAAGAGUCUGGCCAUUCAUAAUAUGCAAGGCCGUGUGGACCACACGGUUGCCUCAGAUAUCCGCCUUUCUGACUGUCAGACAUUUAAGCCAAGUGGAGCCAGUCAACAGCCUCAGAGUAAUUUUGAAGUACAAUCUUCAAGAAAUAAUGAAAUAGGCAACCCAGUAUCAUCACUGAGGAGUAUGCAGUCCCAGGCUUUUCGAAUUAGUCAAAACCCUGGUCCCCCACCAAUCGACCGUCAGAAGAGGUUACCUUAUCCACCAGUUCAGAGCAUACCAACAGGAAAUGCUAUCCCACCAAGGGAGAGUGAAAACACAUGUCACCAAAGUUUCAUGCAGAGUUUACUUGCGCCUCACCUUGGUGAUCAAGUCAUUGGGAGCCAGAGGUCACUCUCAGAACAUCAGAGGAAUACACAGUGUGGGCCAUCCUCUGCAAUUGAAUACAGUUGUCCUCCGACUCAUGAAAGUGUACAUAUUAGACGAGAGAGUGAGAGUCAGAAUAGGGAAAGUUGUGACAUGAACCUAGGUGCAAUUAACACCAGGACCAGCACCUUGAAUAUUCCUUUUUCGAGUUCCUCUUCUUCAGGAGAUAUUCAAGGUCGAAACACAAGCCCCAAUGUUUCCGUACAGAAAUCCAAUCCCAUGCGGAUUACUGACAGUCAUGGCACCAAGGGCCAUAUGAACCCUCCAGUCACCACCAACAUGCAUGGGGUUGCCAGGCCAGCUUUGCCACAUCCAUCUGUGUCUCAUGGAAAUGCUGAUCAAGGGCCUCCUGUACGUCAAACAAGUUCUUCAGUUCCCCAGCGAUCGAGGCAUCCCUUGCAAGACAGCAGUGGUUCUAAAAUUCGUCAACCAGAAAGGAAUCGUUCUGGAAACCAAAGACAUAGUAAUGUCUUUGAUCCAAGUCUUCCCCACCUCCCUCUGUCUACAAGUGGUAGUAUGAUUCUUGGACGCCAACAAGCCACCACAGAGAAGAGAGGAAGUAUCGUUCGUUUCAUGCCAGAUAGCCCACAAGUACCUAAUGAUAAUUCAGCACCUGACCAACAUACACUGUCACAAAAUUUUGGUUUUCCUUUUAUUCCUGAGGGUGGCAUGAAUCCACCAAUAAAUGCUAAUACUUCUUUCAUUCCACAGGUUACUCAGCCUAGUGCCACUCGAACUCCAGCCCUCAUCCCUGUAGAUCCCCAAAAUUCUCUACCCUCCUUCUAUCCCCCAUAUUCCCCUGCUCAUCCUACAUUGUCCAAUGAUAUUUCAAUUCCCUAUUUUUCUAAUCAAAUGUUCUCAAAUCCUAGUACAGAGAAGGUGAACAGUGGAAGUUUAAAUAACCGAUUUGGAUCAAUUUUAUCUCCUCCCAGACCUGUUGGUUUUGCUCAACCAAGUUUUCCUCUUCUCCCUGAUAUGCCACCAAUGCACAUGACGAACUCUCACUUAUCUAAUUUUAAUAUGACGUCUUUGUUUCCAGAAAUAGCUACAGCUCUUCCUGAUGGCUCAGCAAUGUCACCUUUGCUUACAAUAGCAAACUCCUCUGCUUCUGACUCUUCCAAGCAGUCCUCAAACAGACCUGCCCACAACAUAAGCCAUAUUUUAGGUCAUGAUUGCAGUUCAGCUGUCUAAAUACCAAUAUACUAAAUGUAAAUGUAAUGGGUGAGAUUACAGAUGCAUUUGUGUGUGCAUGCAUACAUUUGUGUACACGAAGAGAGAGAUUGGGUGUGUGUAUGUCUCUGUGUUUAUAUAAUCAGUUUUUGGUCAGAGAUGACCAAAUACUGUAUUUUCAGAAACAAAUUAAUUUUUAGCUGCUUUGUGUGCUUUUUUAAUUUUCCAAGCAGAUUUACAUUUUCAAGUUUGAUUUUUAAUCUUAUAUUCCCUAAAUAUUAAUCAGCUGGAAGUUUGGGGAGAUUAUCUUGGUGUGCACUGGGUAGUAGGAAUGAAGCUACAUUUUAAAUGUUAUUGUUGAUAAUUUGUAAAAUAGGUAGUUGAGAUAGCUGAGUUGUUCUCCAAAAAUACAGUUCGAUAUAACAUAAUGGCUCAUAACCAGUUUUUUACAUAUUGCAAGUGUUACAUUAAUGUUGAGUUGAAUGUCCAUGGGUAAAGUCAAGCAGUAAGCAAAUAAAUGAGUAGUUUAACCAGCCUUUGUUCCCAAGGUUUUAUUUAGGUAGUGACUUCUUUCUUAAUUAAACAAUUCAUCAAUUAUCUAAAUUUCAUAUCUUUAAAUUAGGGAGCCAUGUUAUCCUUUGAUGUGCCAAUGUCCUUUAAAGCAAAGGUCUUCCUAAAACAGUUAGCCUUAAAAAUAGAUGAAAAGUGAAGUAUGUAGAUGUUUUCCAUUUUUGUACUUAACGUUUUGGGUCAGGCCAUUUUAUCAAGGAUAAAAAGAGUUGUAUUGCAGAGUGCUGUAUGUGUUUGGCUAAAGAUUAUUGUUUCAUUAAUUUUUUAUUUAGUAUUCUCUUCAUUUUAUUUAUUUGACCUUGAAAUAAAUUCUUUCACAUUUGUUUAAUCAUUAAGCCCAAUCAGUGGAUAAUGUGUUUGGAUCUACACAAUUAUUUGAGCCCUACAUUUUAAAUAUUUCUGAGCAGAGUCUUAGGCUCUAGCAGUAUUUUAAUUUACUGAUAUUUAUAUUUGGCAUUGUAUAUUGCAUUAUUAUCUUCAUAGUAGAAUUAAUGAGAAAAUGAAUUUGUUCACUAUUUUUCUUGAUGGUAGAUGUGAAAUGGUGCUUAAAAAAUUGUCUUUCUAUAUGUUGAUGUGUGUGAGUGUGUGUAUACAGACUAGAUUUGAAAUCAUAAACUUGUCCUUUGAAAACAGGCCUGCAAUCUGAAAAUGGGAAAUUGGGACCUGAAACCUGCUGAAGUACAGAAAAACCCAAAGUACAGGCUUUAAAAAGCCCCAUUGAAGUUCAUAAUAAAUUUAGAAUACAUAUUCAUAUAUAUAUGUGCAUAAAUAGAUAGAUACAUAUAUAUAUACACACUCACACUGAAUUCUGAGAUCUUAAAAAGAAAAAACUAAGAAAACAACAUAAUUCUUGUAUUCUUUUUUUUAAAUCCAAUUUUAUUGAUUGCCGUUCAUUUACAAAACUCUGUAAUUUCAGGAGGACAACUUCACAACUCGAUAUGUGGACAUGCUUCACUCACCCACCACCAAACUUCUAGUGCCAUCUUCCUAUCACAUUUACUCCAUCCACCCCUCCUCCACUCACCACCUCCUUCUCCUCUCAUAAGCACCAUAUUCUUCAGAGUCUAAGAUGUCCUCAUAUUCUUAAAUCCAUUCCUUUUUGUUGUUCUAUUCUGCCAAAAAUGAGAUGGAGUGGAGAGAUGCUUCUAACUGGUUCUGUCUGCUCUGCUAAUGAAGUAAACCCAAGGACCAGCAUGUCAUUUCUUCUCCCUGAAAGAACGUCCUUAAGGUUGGUCAGAGCAGUUAAGUCCAGCAAAUACCUCUUCUAGAGACUCAGCAAAGGGUCAUCUGUGCCUCUUCAACUGUUCUUACCAAACUUUCCUAUCCCUGCUGCCAACUGAAGCAGCCUCCUGGGGGCAAAAAAAUAUUGUAAACAAGAAGAACUUCUGUAUUUCCUAGUCAUGGGCAGAAAUAUUAGAGCUUCACGAAUAAGUCAUUUAACAAGUAACAGGUGAACAUGGUAGUUAAAAUUUUAUGGAGAAAAAAAUGGGCUUUAUGACUUAAUUUUUAAUAAUCUUGAGUCUUAAGCUUUGACAUUCAGAUUUUCCUUUGUACUUGAAAGGUCCUACCUGCCAAUUUUAAGAAGGAUGGUUUUCAUUGUGUUUCACUAUUCAUUUUCUUUACUCCCUCCUGUCCCCACCCUCCCUACACACACACACACACACACACACUCAUGCAUAAACAUGCAUACACACACACACAGCAUCUGAGUUCUGAAGAACUGGUGACUAUUAGAUAUAUUUGGAAUAAAGUAGUAAGCUAAGGAGAAGCUAAUUUUGAACAUUACACUAGAAAGGUCUCGAACUUGGUACCUUCAGAUAUUUCUUGGAUCUUUUAUUUCAAAAACUUCACGCUCUGAUCUUGAAAUGUGCCUCUACUCCUUAGCAAGGCUUAUUUGACCAUCUGAAGAAAAAUGUCACCAUCUGAAAAUAACUGGUCUCUGACUUACACGUAGCUCUAAUUAUCUUAUGAAAAUAUGCAUAUAUAAGUAAAAGGUCAUUUUAUAUAUGAAGUCAAUUCUGAGAGUGUUCACAGCACAAUAAUCUUACUUGAUUUAAAAGUAUGAAUAUAAGAGAUUUAGCAGCAGUAUUCAGUUUUUGAUAAUUAGAGCUAUGUGAUUUUGGAAGGAAAUUUAUAUUUAAUAUCUAGGCAUCUGAAUAUAAUUUUUGAUAAAGGAAGGGCAGAAAAUGUGGUCAAAUUUGGUUAUAUAAAUUUAACGUUAUAUUGGGUUUGCUAAUAUAGGACCAUAGAAACUAAAACCAUGUCCACAAGUAAUUUUAUAAUUUCUGAAAAUAACACAAAUUUGUGUAUGUGUCAUUAGUGAGAGUCACUGAUGAAAUUAUUUCUUUUUUUUAGUUCUAUUGAUUAUAUGGAAUCAAUUAUAGAAAGUGGUUGUUUCCUCUAAACAUUUAACACAGUAACUUCUAACAAGGUGAAAAAUAUCAGAGUUCUUAUUAUAUAUUUAAUGUCUUAAUCAUGGAUAAAAGAAAUCAAGAUUGAUGGCAUUUCUUUUUUUGGUGUAUAUAUAGGGUAUAUAUUUAUACCACGUCAGAAAAUGUAUUUUUUUUAUUUCAAGACCUUUUAGGGAUACCAGAGGUGGUACCCUUUUUCUAAGUAAGAAGUGAAAAUACCACAGUGAUCGUGCUUUAUAAAAUUUAAAAUAUCAGAACUGUGAAAAGAAACGAAUAGGAAGGAAUGUUCUCUUGCAGCAAUUUUUCAGUCACACACCAUGGUGAAUUGCAAUAAGGAUAACUUCUUUUAAAUCAGCCUUCUAAAGAUACAAAAUUAUUUAAACAUUUUAUGGAUAAUUCACUUGCCUUGCUCUUGCCUUCUAAUAUUAGUCAUUUCAUGGAGAGGUUAAAAUUUAUAUUCUAAAAAAAUGUAGAAAUACAUUUUAAUGGCAGUAAAUUUUUUUUAAAUUUGAAAAAGGGUAGAGACUUAACAAAUAUACAUCUUAGCUUUUCUUUCCUUUGCUACAUAGGUACCUCUGCUCUUACUUUUUUCCAUUUCUGGAAACAGGUGGCAGGAAACCUGGUCAGUUCCUUAGCAAUGGGAUUACUCCUUUGCCUUGAAGCUUUGAUUGACCCACCACUGCGUGUCAUAUUCCCAAAUCAGUGAUUCCCAGUUCCUGUCUUUGGGAACCACUGUUUCCUAUUCUAGUAAGUCUAGUAAGGGGCAAGAACAAUUUCUUGAAACAAAAUUAGUUCAGAAUUGAAUUACAACUUUUAAUAUGCCAUAUAGCUCUGUUCCUUGUUUCAAUGAACUUGUUUUUUUUUUGCAUGAUGGCGUGAAGAAAGGGCAAAGAGGAUACCAAAAUCAGAUGGUUUUGAGUUGAUAUCCUCAGGAAACUGAAGUCAUUGUUAUAAAUCCUUCCUUUGCCUGGGGAUAACAACCUAUGACUGUGUACAUCCACGGGGCAAUAAAUUAGUGUGAGCCAGAUAAAUUAGUGUGAAGUUAAACUGGAGGGAUGAUUUUCUGACACCUGUAUGCAAAUUGAAAUCCAGAAAUUUGUUUCUUCUUGACAUGCCUUUUUGGCUGAAUGUUAACCAUUUCUCCUUCUCCAGAGUUCAACAGGAAACAACUGCUGUUGUUGCUUUUUUUGCUUAACCAUAUGCUCUCUGCAUUCUAUACUUCUCAGUGAGCCUGAGAGUGUUUCUAAUAGAUUGUGAGGGACAACAGGUUUAGACUGAGGCAGUCCAGAUAUGCUAUAAGAAGUGCUGAGGGCCUUCUUAGAUACAGAGCUUCUAGUUCUGCGUACAUGCCUCUACCCUGCACUUUACCUGAAAUUGUGCCUCUGGUCAUAAGACCAGCCAUUGGAACAUAUCACUCACCCACUCCUCUGUUAUAGCAAAGGACCAGCCAGAUGGUACAUGCUGUGUCAUCAAACACCUAAGAGACAAAUACAGCUGAUGUAUCUCACUGUUGCCUUAUCAUUCUCUGAGCCAUCUUUGAUGCUGAUCUUUCAAAAAAAAAAGUACUAGUUAGAAGCAAAACUCCUUUUAAAUUCAGCUUGUGUGUGUUUGUCAUUCAACAUCCUUAUUCUAGAUUUGCAUAAACCCUAUCAACUUUAAUCUUUUUUUGGUUCAUGCAUGUGUUCAGAUACUUUAUAAACAUGAGCCAAUUUGGGUUGAAAAUAUUGGAGAUAAUAUCCAAACUGGUGUUAUCUUAGAUGACUGAUAAUCUCUCACUGGAGAUCUCAUGCAACAUAGAAAAUAACCUUCAUUUGUAAUUUAACACUUAAAAAAUAAAAUGAUUAUUAAUUUUUUUGACUCUAGUGUAUACAGCUUUACACUGUGCUGUGUCAUAGCAACUUAAAGUUUAUCCAAUCUGAAUCCCCUCUUUACUUUUCUGGAUCUCUGUUUUCCCAUUCCUUAAGUCUUAAAACCAUUUUUCAUCAAUAAGGUCACUGAGGUACUGGAAAUGGCUAUAUUGGUAACCUUUAAGGGGAGUUGAACUGUUGAUGUUUCAAGAAGGGACCAGACAGUGUUUCUUAAAAUGCUGCAGUUGUGUUACUGUGAAGAAAAGAUUUGCUUCCACUUUCAGCAGGCCAUAUAUAUAAGAUAUAUUCACUUUGGUAAACUUAGGUGGAAAAAUCUGAGAACAUAAUUACCUUCACAAAUUAUUUAUAGAUACACUGGGUGAAAAGCUAACUGUAGGGCAGUCACCAGAAAAAAACCUAAUUGUAGUUCUUAAAUAGUGUGAUAUUUGUAUCUACUCCCAUGCCAGCAAUAUCUGCUGUGCACCAUGUCCUGUUACUGUAAAUCACUUGAUUUAUAAAUCUAAUGGGAACUAAUUUGUAAUGGAAUCCAGAGCAGAUAUGUAUAAUACAAUCAGGAUUGUCCUACAGUUGUAAAUAAGAAUAGGUCCUGUUUAUUUUGACAUCUUUUUACAAAUGCAUUGUAUUAGGGUGUGAAUAUUCUGAACCAUGCUCUUGUUUAAAGUUUUGAAAUUUUUAUUGGUAAAUGUAACAUUUUAAUGGUUGUAAUAAUUAUUUGUAUAGAUAU